AUGGCGUCUACUGACUCGGGCCCGUCUGGGUCGUCUUUGCCGGACAAGGCUGCCGUCUUGCAGGCGGAAUCUGAUGCUGUCGACAAGCUCGACGACGACGAUGCGGCGGCGGCCGAGCUCGGCAAGUUUGACGGCGACCUCGGGCACAGCCGCAAGCAAACCUUUUCGGGCUUUGUCCUCCUCUGGCUCGGGUUCCAGUCCUGCGGCGUCAUCUACGGCGACAUUGGCACGUCGCCGCUCUAUGUCUUCUCGUCGACCUUCUCGGCGCAGCCGUCGUGGGACGACCUCGUGGGCGCGCUGUCCAUUGUGCUGUGGUCGCUGACGCUGAUUGUGUCGGUCAAAUACGUGUGCAUUGUGCUGGCGGCCGACGACGACGGCCAGGGCGGCACCUUUGCGCUGUACAGCCUGCUGGCGCGCUACCGCUACCGCACGGGCGACAUGCGCCCCGGGGCCCGCGGCCUGCGCCGGUUCCUCGAGGGCUCCGUCGCCUGCCAGCGCCUGCUCCAGCUGGCCGGCGUGCUGGGCGUGUCCAUGGUCAUGGCCGACGGCGUGCUGACGCCCGCGCAGUCGGUGCUGGGCGCCAUCCAGGGCCUCACCGUCGUGCGGCCGGACCUGGGCACACCGGCGAUUGUCGGCAUCACCUGUGCCAUUCUGGUCGUGCUGUUCUUGCUGCAGCCGCUGGGCACCGCGCGCCUGGGCUCCGCCUUUGCGCCCAUCGUCGUCGUCUGGCUGCUCUUCAACCUGGCGUCGGGCGUCUACAACCUCGCCGUCCACGACCACACCGUGCUCAAGGCCUUCAGCCCGCACUACGCCUUUUUGUACCUCGCCCGCAACGGCACCGACGGCUGGCGCAGCCUCGGCGGCCUGCUGCUGGCCUUUACGGGCGUCGAGGCGCUGUUUGCCGACCUGGCCGCCUUUGGCCGCCGCGCCAUCCAGCUGUCGUGGCUGUGCCUGGCCUUUCCGUGCCUCCUGUUUGCCUAUGCCGGCCAGGCCGCCUUUAUCGCGCAAGACGCCACCGGCACCGCCUUUACACCGCUGACCCUCGUCCAGACCAAUCCCUUUUACAACACCGUCCCGCCGGGCACAUUUUAUUUCAGGUACGUCCCCUCGCAUCGCCCUCCUCCCCCCACCACUGCUUCUCUGUCUCACAUCUCUCCACCCCCCAGCAUGGUCAUCGCCAUCCUCGCGGCCGUCGUCGCGUCCCAGGCCAUGGUCACCAGCACGUUCCAGCUGCUUGUCCAGGUCAUGCGCCUCUCCUACUUCCCCCACGUCAAGGUCGUCCACACCAGCCGCCGCUUCCACGACCAGGUCUACGUGCCGCUGGCCAACUGGCUGCUGAUGGUCGGCACCGUCGUCGUCACCGCCGUCUACAACAACACCACCUCGCUGGGCAACGCCUACGGCGUCUGCGUCAUCUUUGUCACCUUCCUCACCACGUGCAUGCUCGCCCUCGUCGCCAUGCUCAUCUGGCGCCUGCCCGUCUACGUCGUGCUGCCCGUCUUCCUGCUCUUUGCCCUGCUCGACGGCACCUACCUGUCCGCCGUCCUCACCAAGGUGCCCGCGGGCGCCUGGUUCACGCUGCUGCUGGCCCUUGUGCUGUCGUCUGUGUUUGUCCUCUGGCGCUUUGGCAAAGAGGCCCAGUGGGCCGCUGAGGCGCGGCACCAGGCCGCUCUGGCAGCCCCUCCCGCCUCGGCGGCACCCUCGCCCACGAGCACGCCCACGUCCGUCGUCCCCGGCCUCGGCAUCUUCUUCGACAAGCUCGGCGACCCCGCCCGCCCGCCGCCCUGCUUCACCCACUUCGUCCUCAAGUUCGCCGCCCGCCCCGCCGUCAUCCUCUUCUUCCACAUGCGCCCCCUCGACGUCCCCGUCGUCACCGCCCCCGACGAGCGCUUCGUCGUCGCCCGCCAUCGCCUCCCGUCGCUCGCCCGGUCCAAUGCCUACCUCGUCGUCCUCCGCCACGGCUAUGCCGAGGAGCCCCUGCACCCGGGCAUUGCCCACGACCUCGUCGCCCAGGUCGACGGCUUCCUCGCCCGCAGCCUGGCGCGCACGCCGCCGGCGAACGUGCCGCGCGUCGAGCAGGAACGGGCGGCGCUGCGGGCGGCCAGCGCGACCCAAAUCGUCUAUCUGCUGGGCAAAGAGGCCAUGCGCGUGGGCCGUCGGUCUGCUGACGGUGACAAGGAAAAGGACAAGGACACGAACAGAGGGACAGGGAAGUCGACGUGGAGGCAGCGUCUCAACGUCUGGCUCCCGUGUCGCCGCCUGCUGCUGGAGCUGUUCCUGUGGAUCCGCGAGAACUCGCGCACCAAGCUGGCCGCGUUUGACAUGGAAAUUGACAAGAUGGUCGAGGUUGGCUAUCUGACGGAGCUUUGA